AUGGCGUCUCGUCGCGCUCUCUUCUCGUCAGCCUUGCGCGCAUCCGCUGCCAUCCAACCUGCGCGACCAAUCUUUAUAAUUGCAGCACGCUCGAUAAGCCCCUCGCUACCGUCCCGAGCUUUUGCGCCCUUUCCAUCUACUAAAAGCUAUGCUACCAAAGCCCAAACCAAAACAAAAUCGAUAGACGACAAUGCCCCGCCGGACCCCAAACCAUGGAGCUUUGAAGAUAUAAAGAACCAUGUUGAGAAAUCUGACCCGGGCAAUGUAAUCCUCAUCGACGUCCGAGAACCAGUCGAGCUUUUCGAGACGGGCAAGAUCCCCGGUGCGAUCAACAUUCCUAUCACAUCGGCAGCCCAGAGCUUCCAUAUUUCUGACGAGGAUUUUGAGGACAUGUACGGCUUCCAGAGACCAGCAAAGAACAAGGAGCUUGUGUUUUAUUGCAAAGCAGGAGUGCGUGCGAGGGCGGCUGCGCAACUGGCUCAUUAUGCUGGCUGGGACAAGAUCGGCGACUAUGCGGGCAGCUGGCUGGAUUGGGAAGCCCAGAAAGGACCAGUUGAGAAGGUUAAGAAACGAUAUUGA